GCGCGAACGGAGCUGGAGGGAGUUGGAAGCAAACCAGAGUUGCCAGACGAGUUUCUGCCGACGCGGGACGAGCUCACUUUCAUAGGGCUUUCCGACGAAACCUCUCUCUGACUCAAUCUUUAUUUUACAGUAGAAGUCAUUUACGAUUCGAAACGCAGCAGUGACAGAAGUGCAGUGUGGAGAUAACAUGUUCGUUUAUUUAAAAAAAAUAUGAUUCGUAUGGAAACGCUUGACUUAUCAAAAUUGUUUGCAGAAAAGUCAACUUGAUACCUGCAUCGAGCUGAUGAUGUGAAUAAGAAGUGAAAGUUUAUGAAAAACACAAGUGUGUGGUGUAUCAUAUUAGGAAGCAAGACAUUUGGGAACGUGCGUUGAAAUUAAUAAACUACAAGUGGCUAUACGGAAUCUCCGAUGACAAUCGUGAAAUAGCGAAGCAAAGCAAGAAGUUGCUGCACCUGCCGCAGUGGUUCUCGCGGCGCCACUCACGUGUUGCAUGCGUGCCGUGGUUAUCCAUCAUGGUCGCGGACUAGAACCAGCUCCGAUUGGUCGGUUUUGUGGUCACGUGGUAUGGUAAUUGGGCUCCGGUGGGCGGGAAGGAGCGAACGAGGUCGUGGAGGAUCGCGAAAGUGGCGGAAGGAGAGGAGAGAAUAAGCAGCUGUCCACCGGGAGUCCUGUGCUCGUUGUGGUCCCGCUCUUUCCAUUUCUUUUCUCUUUUCUCCCUCUCUUUCUUUCUCUCUUUUCCUCCUUUCGAGAAAACGUCACCCCUUUUCGCAAGAGACGGUGAGGUGUGGACGAUGGACCACAGCGCAGUGCCGUGCAGUGUGAGCUUGUGAGAAUGAAUAUUAUAUGAACUCGAAAUGGUGUGCUGGAUCGAAGAAUUGAUGCAGAGAGCAAGAUAAGAGAGUAGAACCGAAGAGUGUGGUUGUUUAAAAUUUAUUUGAACUAUCGCGCGUGUGUGUUUUUCACAAGAAAGUACUUAGGAACAUGAAUUCCUUCCUUCCAUCCGCCGCCGGUGGAUAUCAUCACCAUCAGCAUCAACAGCAAGCUGGAAAUCAUCAUCUAGCCACGACUUCCUCGUUGGUCGAUCCAAAGUUUCCUCCCAACGAGGAAUAUAGUCAAAGUAAUUAUAUACCUUCGACCGGAGCAGAUUUUUUCUCGGGUGGCAGCGGUGGUCAUCAUUUAAGCCAUCCGCAAUCUCAACUGCAGUACGGUUACCAUCAACAUCAUCACCAAGCGGCGUCGACUCCUUACGGGGCUUCUUCAGCGGUACAAUUAAACGGAGGAUACGCAGGAUACGGCGGAUAUUACCAUCCUCAUCACCAAGUGCACGCGGUUCAUCACGCCAGUUUACAUUCUCAUCAUCACGCGGUGGGUGCUUUAGCGAUGCCGCCGGAAGCUCAACAACCACCGCUCACGUGUCCGUCGUCGAUACAAAGUCAACAGCAGCAACAGCAGCAGCAACAACCAUCAGUACCAACGUCGACUAUCCUCGCAUCCACGCCUCUGUCACCAUCUAUGAUGCAGAAUCAUGUGCAGCAACCGGAUGCCCUUCAGCAUCACCAGCACGAGAAUAAUGCCUGCAGUCCAGCCGGUUCGGGUCAAUUGCAUCGAGACAAUUCACCUGAUCUUCAAACGCAACAGUCAUUGUCUCAGCAGUCUCAACAUAUACAGAGCAGCCAACAACAAACGCCGCCGCAACAACAACAACAUCAUGUAGAAGACAGCUCGGAUGCGGAUGAUAUAGAAGAUGGUCAGAUGGAAGGUUCACCAGGAAUGAUGGAGGAUGAAGAAGAAGAUGAAGAAAACAGAGAUCGUACAAUUUAUCCGUGGAUGAAAAAAAUUCAUGUUGCAGGCGUCGCAAACGGCUCAUAUCAACCUGGAAUGGAGCCAAAGCGACAGCGAACUGCGUACACAAGGCAUCAGAUACUUGAAUUGGAAAAGGAAUUUCACUACAAUAGGUACCUGACGAGACGGCGACGGAUCGAGAUCGCUCAUACUCUGGUCCUGUCGGAGCGACAGAUAAAAAUUUGGUUUCAAAACCGCCGUAUGAAAUGGAAGAAGGACCAUAAGCUACCGAACACGAAAAACGUACGCAGAAAGAAUGCGAACGGCCAGGCGCCGCCAACAGCAGCUAAACCGGCAAAGACUUCGGCGACGCGGACGAAGUCCGGGACCGGUAACAACAAUAGCCAAAGGAAAAACAACAAUUCGCCUUCCAGUGGUAUGGAGAACAGUCUGGACUCAAACAUCGGUCAUGAUAUGAGCGAAGUUCAUGGGGUCAGCUCCAGUAUUCCUCAUCCCGUUGGCGUGGUUCACCCGAGCUUUCAAGGUCAUCCUCAUUCUCUGGCUCAUCUCCAAGCACAGCUGAGUCAUCAUCACGUGGGUGGAAUGAUGGACGGUCCGACGGGUGGACCGUUGGGACACAUAAGUUCCGGAAGUAUCAGUCCUCUCGCUCCAGCUACCAGCCCUCCCGGAUUGUCGCAAGUAUCAGCUCCUGUGCCGCCAUCGGCGAUAAAAUCCGACUAUGGACUCACGGCUCUGUAACAUCCAUUCCGUGAGGUAUAUUCAAUAAUAUAAUACCUUUUUCAAUACCAUUUAAUGCGACCGCUCUCCGUGGAUAAUUCCACUGUUCGACUGGAUAUUUAUUGCAAAUUAGAUAAACGUAGUUUGAGUUUUUCUCAUUGCAGCGUGGACAGGGAGAGUAGUCUCAAAACGUAAAUUGAGACCUCACAGUCUUCAAACGGCAGUAUUAUUUUUCUUUUACGUAUACGCGUGAAUAUGGCAAAUGUCUACAACUGCAAUUCAUUAACUACAAUACUGUAAAAUGCUAGAUCUAAAAUUAUUUAGCUAUUUCUUAAAUCUAUUAUAUUAUUAAAGAUGUUCCCUGAUUUGUAAAGUCGUGAAAACCAAGUCUGAAAAAACUUAUCAUAAA